AGCAAAAGGGCAAAACCCAAUCCUAAGGCGGCCUCUUUAGCACUAGGUAGUAUACUGCUGUUCCUAAAACGGAACUCCUCGCGCAACGAGAACAUAAGGUGAUAGCCGCUGCUUCAGCAAAGAGCUUCCGUCAUUCGCGCAUUGCCUCGUUGGCGCCGCGAUGGCCGUCGAGGCGGACGCGAGGGAUCCGUCGAGUAACCUGCCGCGAGAGGACGAGGCGGAGGACGAGGGUAGCUUUUUCGAGGCGUCGUUAUUCGUCGACACAAGCUACGUCCUCCACUCGUUCUCGUUCAAUGACAUCCACGUGCCUCUUUACUGCCUUGCUGCCGCCACCACGGAUUACGACCUGACAGGGCAGAUAGUGUGGCCUGGAGCAACCAUCCUCGCAGAAUAUCUCACAGCGCGCCCAGACGUGGUGGCUGGCAAGACUGUGAUAGAGGUGGGCGCCGGCACGGGCCUGGCAGGGCUCAUGUGCGCGCACCUGGGGAGCAGAGCGGUGACGCUGACGGACCACAACAGCGAGGUGCUGCAGGUGGUGCAGCGCAACGCCGACCACCACACGCAGCUCUUCGCACACAGUUCAGGCUGUGAACCCCAGGCUGCCCCCUCCCUGGAGUGCGCUGAGCUGGAGUGGGCCUCCCAGAAGCACCUGGAAGCCAUUCUCGCCGCCCAUCCCACUGGAUUCGACAUUGUCAUUGGUGCUGACAUAUGCUACCAGCAGUGCCAUGUGCCGCCUCUCUUCACAUGCAUCAAGUCGCUCCUGUCAGCCCGCCAGCAUGCCAUAUCAGCUGGAAGUCUACCCCCCUCACAACCCAACACGAUUAGCGAUCCCCGCCCUUCUCUUGAGCCGGUUCUCAAUGCGGCACAGGAGUCCUUUGCCUCUGAUGGCUUGCAGAAUCAGACCAGCCUGCCUCCCAGCUGUUUCAUUCUUGCCUACGUGGAGAGGCAUCUCAGCACAACAAGGGUGGUUUGGGAAGCUGCAAGAGCCCGUGGGUUGCAUUUGGAGGUUAUUGAAGGAACAGAAAGGAUGGCACCAGAUGGAUUUCACCAUGCUAGGAUAUAUAAGGCAACCUUAGCUUCACAGUGUUGAUUUAUUUUGUUCAAUCUUCGCACGCUUCGCUACUACGCGGAAUGCGUGGUAUCAAUGUCGCGUACAGCUUCUGGCAGGCGCGAAUUCUUCCCCAUCCUCACAGAUUUGAGUUUUGUCUUGCUAGUGCGCAAUACCCGUGCAACUGGCAUUUUUAACCUAGGUGUCUAGAUCUACUGGUAGUGACUAUUGCACACGCAUGUGGUCUUGGCAUAUUUCAAAUAGUGACA